AAGCAAACGUCUUGCUUUGCAUGCGUUGCAUCUAAGCGAGGCUGCGACAAAGUGUUGCCUGUAUGCUCCCGCUGUGAGGAGAAGGAGAUCACCUGCGAGUAUCCUGCGAAUUCACAAAGCUGUUCAACGUUUACGGGCACAAAUCUGCCGUCGCAUGCUUCAUUCUUGCCUGUCUUUCCUUCACAAAUUGCGUUGGAUAUUGAUCUGUCUUCUUCCAACCAGCUUUCACCUCCAUAUGACAGGCUGAAGUUUUUCCUACUUCCUUCGGCUUGGACAAUUGCUUAUCAUUAUGAACCGCCAGCUGCCUAUCCUCCUGGCGAUGUGCUGUUGAAUUUCACUCGGGGUAUACAGUCAUGGCUUAAACGUUUCUUUCACCAGGGUCAUAACCCUUUUAUCCAUCGACACCUCUAUUCUAAUACAACCAUGCCACUGUGUAUGCAAGAUGCAUUUACUUCCAUCUCAAUUCAAAAUGCGAUUGCAAGCAAUGAGCAUAUUAUUGACGACAUUUUUGCCUCUCAGGUUGGUGACCUUGUCACGAAACAGCCAAUUGAAGGUUCAGAGACGUUUUCACUACUAUCAACAAGGGAUCAUAUAGCACGCACACAAGCUUUGCUAAUUCACCUUCUAUUGGCUCUCUUCUCAUCUUCAAUCCCUCGCCGAGCUAAAGCUGAGGGCUUAAUUGCAACGUUGCACCAUUGGACGAAUCAAUUGUGGCAAUCAGCAAGCCAGGACGCAAAUUUCCAUGAUGUUAUUCAAUCCAUAUCCUCGGUAGAUGGUGUCGGAUGUGUUUCGAUAGAUGAUCCAGUGUCCGACUUGUACCAAAGUUUUGUGCUAUACGAGUCUACUCGUCGCACGUGGAUAUUAAGUAACUUUGCUACUGGCGUUUACCAAAGUCUCAGGGGUAAUUGGGGUACCACCUGUACAGGAGAUAUAUGUAUAACUGCACGAGCCGAGUUAUGGGAUGCGUCUUCGCCAGCGCGCUGGGCUGCUAUUGCAAAAUCCAAAGACCCUUUGUUUGUCUAUAGUUUACACGGUCAGUCUUUACUCAAGGACAGUGUUGCUGCAGAGGAAGUGGAUGAAUUCAUGAGACAUCUUUAUACAAUC